AUGGAUUGCCCCAACCCUAGGAGGAGCAGCGCGGCGGCGGUGGCGGCCUGCCUCCCCGACGAUGCCCUCGUGGACGUGUUCUCGCGUCUCCCCGUCAAGUCCCUCCACCUAUCCAAGUGCGUCUGCAAGCGCUGGCGCGACAUCAUCGCCGAUCCCCUCCACGGCAAGAUCCUGCCCCAAACUCUGGUAGGGUUCUUCAGUACCGUCUUCCCUGACGAUGGUACACUGUCGUUCCACGAAUUCGUCGACCUGUUGGGGACAUCCGCCGCGCCCCCUCCCCUGCUGGACCCUUCCUUUCCCUUCCUCGAUGAGCUGCCCGCCGGAAUCGAUUGCAGGCUACGCGUAAUCUCUGAUUCCUGCAAUGGUCUCCUGCUCUUCGAGUACGGCCAGGAGCCGCCUGAAUCGAUGGGGUACAUCGUCUUCAACCCCGCGACGGAGCAGUGCGUGGUGGUGCCUGGCAUCUGGACUGCAGACGCGAGGCGUUGCCUUUGCACCAGGGCCUAUCUGCUCUACGAUCCGGCAGUCUCCUCCCACUUCCACAUCGUCAUGUUCUGGGAGGAGCAGGAAGGCCUGGUCACAGUGCUCGCCUACUCGUCGGAAACUAGGGCUUGGAGCCACAGCGAGAAAGAUUGGAGCCCAGAAGAACAGGGUAGGCCGACGGAAGCAUGGCGGCGACGCUAUGUCGGCGUCAACAAAGGUAUAUUUACGAGCAGAGGUGCUUUCGUCAAUGGUGCCCUGUAUUUGUUGGUCAUGGUGGAUGAUGAUUAUGUGAUGCUUGAGGUGGAUGUGGAAGGCAAGACACGGAGCAUCAUCCCGGUGCCGAUCGAUGUGCACAGCGUGGAUCAUCCUUGCGGCCGCCGCGUGCUCUUCUUUGGCCAGUCUCAAGGGCGCCUGCAUUGCGUCAGCCAUGGAUCUGCCGGCUGUGACCUGUCCAUCUGGGUUAUUGAGGAUCACCAUGGUACUACAAAACAAUGGGUCCUCAAGCACACCGUGAGCUGCGUGCGGCUGUCUGGAAGAGAGCGUUGCCGCGACGCUAGAGCUGACUACACCGUGGUUGCCAUUCAUCCGGAUGGCAACACGCUGUUCGUUUUGAAUUCCUACACCCGGAAGCUGAUCUCAUAUGAUGUGGAUCGCAACAGAGUGCGUGACCUCUGCACCCUUGACCAUUAUAUUAUGUCUGGCUGA